AUGCGUCCUUCCGUACCGCGCCUCCUCCGAAUUCUUCCUCGUAGUGCGGUGGUGACAACAGAGCCUGGAGCUUCCAAACUGCCCAAAGCCAAGAUCUUCGAGGAACUGCCAAAAGAUGUCAGGAAGCCACCGUCGCUCCUCGAGGUGCUAUUGAAGCGAAAGGAAGAAGCUGGUGCAAGCUAUCCACCAAACAUUCGGAUAGAACCGGUCAUGUCGAGGCAAACGUUCGCGGGGGUCGCUAAGGAAGUCAGGGCCUCAUUGCGAGCUACGUUGAGAGAGCGAUAA